CCAUGUUCGGUAUUGCUCGCGAAGAUCCCGUAAAGCAAUAUUCGUUACGUGAAAUACAAUGAUCGUUUCGUACUUAAUCUCCUGCGCGUUAUACUUGUGCUUGGUGCAGGCUGAACUCGAAGUGCUCUUCGAAGAUGGCGGGUGUACACGUUCGAACGACGAGUACAUAAAACCGGAUUCUUGCGAAUUCGAAGUCGAACAGGACAGCGAGUAUGGAACCAGCGUGUCUAUGAGCAUUGAGGUCACCAAAAAAGUGCCCAGUCUUACUGCCUUGGCCACUGUUCUUGGCUUGGAAAGGGAUGGCGAAUAUACAGUCGACUUUGGAAUUCACGUGGAAAUAGAUGUCUGUCAAACCUUAUCCGGCCCUGUUAACGUUGCAUUUCCUAUCAUAAAAGCGAUGAAUAUUCCGCCUGAUCGGUGUCCUCCAGAACCGGGUGUGUACGGAAGCGAGCACUAUGUAAUCGAAAAAUCCAACAGCGACGGUUUGCCAGAGUCAUUUCCUUCUGGCAAGUAUUUAUUUAACGUUACGUUGUUGACGGAAGAAGGUCUGCUAAUAGUUGAGUAUGUCGUCUAUGUGUCAGUACUAUAAUUUAUUAUACUCGUACGAUUGUUUUAAUUAUCAUAACGUAUAUAUAUGUAGUGAUUCAGCAAUAGAUACGAAUUUGCAAAUGUAAA